AUGCAGGUGCUGGUGCAGGAGGCUUUCACCUUCUUCGACCCCAAUGACCCUGCCUGCCAGGAAAUUCUGUUUGACCCGAAGACCUCCAUCCCAGAGCUGUUCGCCAUCGUUCGCCAGUGGGUACCCCAAGUGCAGCACAAGAUAGACGUCAUCGGCAAUGAGAUUCUGCGUCGUGGCUGCCACGUGAACGAUCGCGAUGGGCUCACCGACAUGACGCUGCUCCAUUAUGCUUGCAAGGCUGGGGCCCAUGGAGUCGUGGUCCCGGACCCUAUGGACAUGUCCCUUGACAAAGCAGAGGCAGCGCUGGUGGCCAAGGAUCUCCGGACACUGCUGGAAGAGGCUGUGCCACUGUCUUGCACCCUUCCCAAAGUCACACUACCCAACUAUGACAACGUCCCAGGCAAUCUCAUGCUUAGUGCACUGGGCCUGCGCCUAGGAGACCGAGUGCUGCUCGAUGGCCAGAAGGUCAGGGGGUUGGGUGAGGAGUGGGGUGGACUCAGCUGGGUGCGUGGGCCUCAGACAGAGCAUCCCCUUUGCUCGCCCCCCUGGCAGUCACACUGUGCUUCCUUCUAGAAGCUGUCACCAGCCCUGGAUGCCCCGCCGUCAUCUGUUACCUCCACACCCCGGACUCCCCGGAUGGACUUCUCCCGUAUGACUGGCAAAGGCCGAAGGGAACACAAAGGGAAGAAGAAGUCCCCGUCUUCCCCAUCUCUGGGCAGCCUGCAGCAGCGUGAAGGGGCCAAGGCUGACGUCGGAGACCAAGUCCUUGUGGCAGGCCCAAAGCAGGGAAUUGAACCCUUCUACGGGAAGACUGACUUUGCCCCAGGUUACGGGUAUGGCAUCGAGCUGGCCCAGCCUACAGGCAAACAUGAUGGCUCCGUGUUUGGUGUUCGGUACUUUACCUGCGCCCCACGACAUGGGGUCUUUGCACCAGCCUCUCGCAUCCAGAGGAUUGGGGGCUCCACCGAUCCCCCUGGAGACAGUGUUGGAGCCAAAAAAGUGCAUCAAGUGACAAUGACACAGCCCAAACGCACCUUCACAACAGUCCGGACCCCAAAGGACAUUGCAUCAGAGAACUCUAUCUCCAGAUUACUCUUCUGCUGCUGGUUUCCCUGGAUGCUGAGGGCGGAGAUGCAGUCCUAGAGGCCCUGGAUACCCAACAAAGAGACAGAGUCCCCUCUAGCAUCUCCUGACACAAGGAGCCCCCAGUCACCCCAAGAUAGAGAUUCCCAGUGACACGUCCAGAAUAGAAUCCCCCUGUUAGCCAGCCCUCGAUUACUGAGGUCCCACCGUUAACAGAUCUCCCAUGACAACUCCCCAAAUACAGACCUCAUGUUACCCCAAAAGAGAGUCCCUGAG